GCAUGUCAUCUCUUAUACUUUAUCUUGGAGAACUCUCCCAAACCCCUCGCUUUGCUAUUCCCGUUGCUGAUAUAACUGGUGCUCUUGCAUACUCUUUGAUGGUUUUUGAGAGCAAGGAAGAAAGGGCAUUUGAUCCAAUUCAGAUUGAGGAGAUUUUGAUGAAUCUACUGAAAUCCAGAGAUAAUAAUAAACUGGUUCAGGAUAGUGUUCUUGAGGCUUUGGCCAGCCUGUAUGGCAAUGUUUCACUUUCCUAUCGAAUUGAUCAUUCAGAUGCAAAAAGGGUGCUUGUUGGGUUAAUAACCAUGGCUUCUGCUGAUGUGCGAGAUUAUCUUGUUCUUUCACUGGCAAAAUUGUGUUGUGACAAAGUUGGAAUAUGGGGGGCACUUGGAGAGAGAGAGGGCAUUCAACUACUAAUAGCGCUGCUGGGACUUUCCAGUGAACAACACCAGGAAUAUGCAGUUUCUUUGCUAGCGAUUUUGACCGACCAAGUGGAUGACAGCAAAUGGGCAAUUACAGCUGCUGGUGGAAUCCCUCCUCUGGUGCAACUAUUGGAAAUUGGAUCCCAGAAAGCAAAGGAGGAUGCAGUCCAUGUUAUGUGGAACUUGUGCUGUCACAGUGAUGACAUUCGUGCUUGUGUUGAGAGCGCUGGGGCUGUUCCAGGUCUCUUGUGGGUAUUGAAUACUAGCAGUCCAAAGGCGCAAGAAACAUCUGUGGAGACGCUCAAGAAGCUGAUAAAUUAUGUUGACUCUGCCACCAUUAAUCAACUGUUAGCCCUUCUAGUUAGUGAUGAUAAUCUUAGUUCCAAGACACAUGCUAUAAUAGUAUUGGGUCAUGUGCUUACAAUAGCUUCAUAUAAGGACUUGGUACAGAAAGGGACACCUGCCAACAAAGGACUUAGAUCUCUGGUGGACGCUCUUAACUCAUCCAAUGAAGAAACUCAAGAAUGUGCUGCUUCUGUUCUAGCUGAUUUAUUCAGUGUCCGUCAAGAUAUUUGCGACAGCCUGGCUACUGAUGAAAUAGUCCAUCCUUGUAUGAAGCUUUUGACUAGCAAUGAUCAAGUUGUUGCAACACAGUCAGCUCGAGCUUUGGGUGCAUUAUCCCGUCCAACCAAAGCUAAAACUACUAAUAAGAUGCCUUACAUCACAGAGGGUAAUGUUGAGCCUCUCAUUAAGAUGGCUAAAACAUCAACAAUAGAUGCUGCUGAAACUGCUGUUGCUGCUUUGGCAAAUCUGCUCUCAGAUCCACAGAUUGCUGAAGAAGUAUUGGCAGAAGAUGUGUUAUCUGCUUUGUUGAGAGUUCUAGGAGAAGGAACACCUGAAGGCAAGAUGAAUUCCUCUCGAGCACUUAAUCAGUUAUUGAAUCACUUUCCUGUUAGUGAUGUUCUCAUGGAAAGUUCUCAGUGUCGUUUUAUAGUUCAUGCACUUGCAGAUUCUUUAUCACACAUGGGAAUGGCUGGGACUAUUUCAGAUUCACUUGAUGUGCUAGCUAUGUUAGUCAAAACAAAAUAUAGUGUUAACUUCUUAUAUUCACAUUGCAGUUGCAAAGCCCUAGUUGAGGCUCCAGCAACCUUGGAGCCAUUGGUUCAAACUCUAGCUGUAGGUCUUCCCACGGAGCAAGAUAAGGCUAUUGAAAUCCUUUCGAGGCUCCAAGAUCAACCUCUUGUACUUGGUGAUCAUUUGGCAGUUAAGCCACAGUCCAUAGUUUCACUUGCACAGAGGGUUAUGAACUCUCAUAGCAUGGAAGUAAGAAUUGGUGGGACUGCUCUUCUCAUUUGUGCUAUGAAGGAGCACAGGAGGCAGUCACUGGUCAUUCUAGAUGCACCAGGACUCUUACAGAAGCUUGUUUAUGCCCUGGUUGAUAUGUUGAAACAACAACCAAUGUCCAUCUCCCCAGAUGACAAAGCCUGGGGUGGCAGAAAUUUUACAGAAAGAAAUGUGUUUCAUCAUGAAGAUGACGAAUAUGAUUUACCUAAUCCAGCAAAGUUUUUGGAAGGAACAGUUGCCUUAAGUUUGCUUGCUAUCAUUUCUUCUUCUCAUGCUAAGAGCAAACUUACAGUUUUGGAGGCUGGUGGAGUGGAGAUUCUUUCAGAUAAGCUUGCAAGUUAUAGUGCUAAUCCUCUGGCAGAACUUGAAGAAAAUGAAGGCAUUUGGAUCAGUUCUCUUCUCUUGGCUGUACUUUUCCAGGAUUCAGCUGUUAUUCAAUCUUCAACAAUUAUGCGCAUUAUACCUUCUCUUGCUUUCUUGCUGAAAUCUGAUGAAACCAUUGAGAAGUAUUUUGCUGCUGAAGCAUUGGCUAGUCUUGCUUGUAAUGGAAACAAGGGCAUCCAGCUUGCUAUUGCUAAUUCUGGUGCUGUUGGAGGGCUCACAACCUUGAUUGGACAUGUGGAAUCAGAUUCACAAAACCUUGUUGCUCUUUCUGAAGAAUUUAAUUUGGAAAAGCAUCCUGGUGAAGUUGUGUUGAAUAAUCUCUUUGAAAUUGAAGAUGUUAGGAACGGUGCAACAGCUCGCAAGUCGAUACCUUUGUUAGUUGACCUUCUAAGACCAAUGCCAGAUAGGCCUGGAGCACCGCCAAUUGCUAUUCACCUUCUGACUAAGAUAGCAGAAGGAAGCAAAACAAACAAGCUUGCCAUUGCUGAAGCUGGAGCACUAGAGUCUUUGACUAAAUAUCUUUCCUUGAGUCCUCAGGACUCAAUUGAAACCAGUAUAACUGACCUUUUACGAAUCUUGUAUAGCAACACUGAAUUGGUUCACCAUGAAUAUUCACUUAAUACCUUGAAUCAGCUAAUAGCUGUUUUAAGAAUGGGAUCAAGGAGUUCUCGGUAUAGUGCUGCUAGGACUUUGCAGGAGCUUUUUGAUGUUGAAGAUAUGAGAGAGACUGAAAUGGCCAGGCAAGCUAUUCAACCCUUAGUUGACAUGUUGAACUCAGGUUCUGAGAAGGAACAACAUGCUGCACUUGUUGCUUUAGUCAAAUUGACAGAAGGAAAUAUUUCUAGGGCAUCAGCCUUAACUGAUGUGGAAGGUAAUCCACUUGAAAGCCUAUAUAAAAUUUUGUUGUGCAGUUCAUCUUUAGAACUAAAGAGAAGUGCUGCAAAAUUAUGCUAUGUAAUAUUCGGAAAUUCAACUCUACGAACAAUGCCAAUAGCCUUGGAGUGUGUUGAACCUUUGAUAUCUCUAAUUAUAUCAGACUCCGGUGUAGAAGUAGAAUCUGGUGUUCGUGCUCUAGACAGGCUACUUGACGAUGAACACCAUGCAGAUAUUGCUGCAGCUACUGAAGUAGUUGGUCUUCUUGUGAAAUAUGUUUCUGGUUCAAACUAUCAGCUUUCUGAGGCCAGUAUAAGUGCUCUUAUAAAGUUGGGAAAGGAUCGGCCUCAAUGUAAACUCGAAAUGGUAAAUGCUGGUAUAAUUGGUAAUGCACUUGAGAUGAUGCUUGAUGCACCAGUUUCUGUUUGUUCUUCAAUCGCUGAGUUGCUUCGAAUUCUGACAAACAACAGUGUUAUUGCUAAAAGCUCAGCUGCAGCCAAGAUAGUUGAACCUCUCUUUUCACUACUAAAACGUCCAAAUUUUACCAUGUGGGGACAACAUAGUGCAUUGCAAGCACUUGUAAAUAUCUUAGAGAAGCCGCAGAGUUUGACAGCCCUGAAGUUAACUCCAAGUCAAGUCAUUGAGCCUUUGAUAUCAUUUCUUGAGUCCCCAUCCCAAGCCAUCCAACAGCUUGGGACUGAACUCUUGUCACAUCUCUUGGAACAGGAGCAUUUCCAACAGGACAUUACUACAAAGAAUGCAAUUGUUCCUCUUGUACAGCUUGCUGGAAUUGGAAUCCUGAACCUACAGCAAACAGCAAUUAAAGCACUUGAAAGUAUAUCAGCGAGCUGGCCCAAAGAUGUGGCUGAUGCAGGGGGAAUUUUUGAGCUUUCUAAAGUGAUCAUCCAGGAAGACCCCCAGCCCAGUCAUACUUUGUGGGAGUCAGCAGCACUUGUUUUAUCAAGCGUUGUCAAAUCUAAUCCACAGUACUACUUUAAAGUUUCAUUGCUUGUGCUUGUGAAGUUAUUGCAGUCAACAGUUGAAGCUACCCUUUCAGUAGCUCUAAAUGCUCUUCUUGUUCAAGAGAGAAGCAACUCCUCAAAUGCAGUAAUGAUGGCUGAAGUUGGUGCAGUUGAUGCACUGCUUAAACUCUUAGGAUCCCACCAAUGUGAAGAAGCAUGUGGAAGAUUGCUUGAAGCAAUAUUUAACAACGCACGAGUGCGAGAAAUGAAGCUUGUAAAAAGUGCAAUAACUCCUCUUACCAACUAUUUGUUAGAUCCACAAGUUAUAUCACAACCUGCAAAGUUCCUAGUGACUCUCGCACUUGGUAAUCUUUUUCAGCAUGAUACACUUGCUAGAGCAAGUGCUUCUGCGGCUGCAUGCCAUGCCUUAAUUACUCUGCUAGAAGACCAGCCAAAAGAAGAUAUGAAAGUGGUGGCCAUAUGUGCUUUGCAGAGUUUGGUUAUGCACAGUAGAACAAAUAGGCGAGCGGUCGCAGAAGCUGGGGGAAUACUGGUAAUACAGGAGCUCUUAAUGUCCCAAAAUACUGAAGUUGCUGGUCAGUCUGCAUUGCUUAUCAAAUAUCUAUUUUCAAAUCAUACACUCCAAGAAUAUGUUUCAAAUGAGCUUAUAAGGUCUCUGACGGCUGCUUUGGAGAAAGAAUUGUGGUCCUCUGCAACUAACAACGAAGAAGUUCUGAGAACCAUAUAUGUGAUAUUUAGCAACUUCAAGAAGCUCCGCAUGUCAGAAGCAGCCACACUAUGCAUCCCACAUUUAGUCGGUGCACUGAGGGGAAGUGAGUCUGCUCAGGAGUCAGUCUUAGAUACUCUUUGUUUGUUAAAGGAAUCGUGGCCACAGAUGAAUGAAGAUAUUGCAAAAGCACAAGCCUUGAUUGCUGCUGAAGCCAUACCUAUGUUGCAAAUGUUGAUGAAAACUUGCCCACCUAGUUUUCAGGAAAGGGCGGAAAGCUUACUGAAUUGCCUACCAGGGUGCUUGACAGUGGCCAUCAAACGCGGGAAUAACUUGAAGCAGACAAUGGGGAGUCCAAAUGCUUUCUGUCAGCUUAAAAUAGGAAAUGGACCUCCAAGAGAGACCAAGGUGGUGGGCCAUAGUGCAUGCCCAGAAUGGAAGGAAGCUUUUACCUGGGCAUUUGAUGUUCCUCCCAAAGGACAGAAACUUUUUAUAGUUUGCAAAAGCAAAAGCACGUUCGGAAAGAAUACCCUUGGGAGGGUCACCAUUCAGAUAGACAAGGUUGUUACUGAAGGAGUGUACAGUGGAUUGUUCAGCCUCAAUCAUGACGGUAACAGAGAUGGAUCUUCGCGAACACUUGAAAUUGAGAUUGUAUGGUCCAAUAGGACAUCUGGUGAUGGCAUGUGAGAAAGGUCGGGGAUACAAAAAAUAUGGCUCUUUCAUUCAACAGGAAUAUCAGCCAAAAUUCUGAUUCGAUAAUCCUUCAUCUUGUAUGAUUCUCAGAAAGUAUGCAAGCCCCAAAGGUGUAAUUAUUUUGGAAUUCAUAUUUGGCACAUUCCGUAACAAGUAUGAGAAGGCUGUGAAAGUUUAUAUGAAGUCAAAGCUCCAGAAGGCGGGAUAGUUAGUGUGAGCAGUUGUGUCCUCACAUCUAUGCAGUUUUGCUUGCUCCGGAUCAUGAAGAUGAGAGGAUUCUCCAAGCGUGUACAGGUAAAUUAUUCUGUAAUUAACACGUGUUUCUGAUCCAAGAACACUCACAAGAACAAUGUCAAGGUUGUCUUUCGUUAAGCAUAGCGAAAGGCAGCAGCAGUGUUCCUUUGGAUCCUGGUAUUUAGGGUAUUACAUCGGCCUUACGUGUCCUGCUUCCUUGUCCUCAAAAGUCUGUACUUGGGUUAACUUUUUCUUAAACAUCAAGUUAAGCUCUUGCUUGCACGGA